AUGCAAAAGUCAGAACACCUUCAUGGCUUCCUGCCAGGUAUGUGUAUGAUGCUAAGAAAAGAGUCCAUUUCAAGGCUCUUAUGUGUCUGA